AUGUCCUCUCUCGCUCGACUAUCCCUCCGCAUGGGUUCCUCAGCUGGCCCCUCUUCUCGAGUCUCGACAACGGCGGUUAAUCGAUUGUCGAGCAUUUCAAGACAUUUAUCUUCUUCUGCUACAGCUAGUGAUAAAGCCACUUCGAGCAAGAUGUCUUCUCCUCAUGAUGACUUGGUAUUGUUCGAAUCGCACCAUAAUGCUAGAUUAUACAAACUCAACCGAUCAUCUAAAUUGAACUCGUUAAAUCAGGAUAUGAUCGACGUAUUAUCGAAGAAAAUCAGGAACUGGAGAGAAUUGGAAUCAUGUAAAGUCAUUAUAGGUACAGGCGAUCAGCGAGCUUUCUGUGCAGGCGGUGAUGUGAAACAGCUCGUUCUAGAUCUGAAAGAAGGAAAAGAUACCGCUUUACCGUUCUUCAAAUCCGAGUUCGAACUAAAUUGGACAUUGGGUAGAUUGGGUAAACCUUAUGUAGCUGUGAUCGAUGGUGUUACCAUGGGUGGUGGUGCUGGUCUUUCGCUUCCAGCUAAUAUCCGAAUCGCAACUCCACGCACUAUCUUCGCCAUGCCAGAGACCAAAAUCGGAUAUGCUCCAGACGUAGGAGCUAAUUAUUACUUGGCUCAACUUGACGGAGCGAUUGGAGCGUGGUUAGCAGUCACUGGACAGGAAUUAUACGGUAGAGCAGUAUAUGAAUUGGGUAUAGCAACACAUUACGUUACUCCCAAUCUCCUCCCAACAAUAAUUAACGAGAUCACUUCACUCGAUUCUCCCACCCCACAACAAAUAUCUUCCAUCGUCUCUUCAUACACUUCCAGCCCAUCCGCGAGUUCAUCUGAAGGAGAAUCGUCAAAGAGCAAUCCAGAUGGAUAUUCAACUAUCAAAGGUGAAAUUCGGGAAUUCCUCGAUAAGACCUUCAGUCUCAAAUCCAUUCCUGAAAUCAACAAAGCCCUGACUAAAGCUCAGAACGAUGAGGGUUUGAGUGAAGAUACGAAGAAGUGGGCUAAAGCCCAACAGGAUAUUUUGAGUCAGAGGAGUCCGACUAGUACGGCUGUUGCUUUGACAGGGUAUAGGAAGGCUAAAGAGGCAAGAAGAUUGGACAGGACUUUGUUGAAUGAUAUAUCAAUGGCAACAGCUUUUUGUGGGCCUCACCGAUCCACAGGCGAUUUCAUCAAAGGCGUAUCAUCAGUCCUCAUAGACAGAUCAAAGACCGCUCCAGAGUGGAUCCCAGGGGACUUGUCAGAUCCUAAAUUGUCUUUAGGGGAAAUAACCAAGAAUUUUUAUCCCGGUAAACCAUCAGAAGGUCAACCGGAAUUAGAACUUGUACCAUCCUCAGCAUCCAAACUCGAUUCAGGAAGGGAUAGUAGCUGGAAUCAGUUUAGAAAAUUCGGUUUACCUUCUGAGACAGAUAUACGAUCAUCAGUUGAUGGAUAUUCACCUGGAUCAGGUGCUUUCGCAUUAACUGAACAGGAGCUCGUUUCUCAAUUCAUAGAGAAUCAUGGAUCACCUCAAGGUCAGAGGAGAAAAGAGAUUGAAGAUAGAGUGAGGGACGUAGUACAAAGAAGGUGUAAGAAGGAUAAACAAGGUUAUCUAGAGUGGAAAUAA